AGCAACAGGGAGAAGAGAUAUUAGAGAAGGUGAAGGAGGGGGGAAACCACAAGUGAAAGAGCUCGUACGUAAUUAUUGUUUAAUCAGAGACAGAAGAGGUGGGCCAUUGUCAUUUGAAAUCGUAGCAGAAGGUCGCUUUGUGGCCUUUAUAUCUUAUCUUCAUCUGAUCAUCUCUACGAACCAUUCCAUCUCCUCCAACACAAUCUCCCUUUCGAUGUCUCUGUUUUCAGUUUUCACGAACUCAAAAUCGUGUAGUCGUAUGUCAUCGCUGGUAAAGCUCGCAACUUUAUAGCAGUUUGAUGCUUCUAUCGUUCGGGUCGCCUUGAAGUCUCUGGAAGAAUUCUUCUUCUUCUUCUUCUUCUUCUUCUUCUUCUUUUUACAAUGAUUUAUGCUGCUUGACGAGGCAACCUGGUGAUCAGCUGUUUGCCAUGCUUGAUGAAGAGUCUCUGUGUUCUUAUCUUCCCUGAUUCAGUGUUUUGUGUCCAAUUCUCAUGGAGAGGAGAGUAGAAAUUUCAUCAAAAAGAUAGCUUUUUUUGGCUUCGAUAGCGCCGGAAGGAGAUUGUGAGAUGGACAACCAAAAAGAUAGUCUUUUGACAUUAAUGGUAGAGCCUCCAAACUCUACGGAGGUGGAAAGGAGCGCCCAUUCCAUGUCUUCCCACUCCCCUGCGUCCUCCUCUUCCUCCCCGCCUCUGUCGAGCAAGGGUGGCGGCGAAGGCGCCGGCGCCGGCGCCGCCACGAAGCGGCGGCGCCACCAGAGCGACCACCCGGUGUACCGCGGCGUCCGGAUGCGGAACUGGGGGAAGUGGGUGUCGGAGAUCCGCGAGCCUCGCAAGAAGUCGCGAAUCUGGCUGGGCACGUUCCCAACUCCGGAGAUGGCGGCGCGGGCUCACGACGCGGCCGCCCUAAGCGUCAAGGGGGCCGCCGCGGUGCUCAACUUCCCGGAGCUCGCCGGUUUGCUCCCCCGCCCGGCCACGCUCUCCCCCCGCGACGUCCAGGCCGCAGCCGCCAAGGCCGCUGAGAUGGAUCCCGGCGCCGGCGUGGAGUUGCCGGCAGACUGCGACGACCUGGGCCAGAUCGUUGAGCUGCCACCGCUGGACGAAGGGUUCCGCAUCCUCGACUCGGCCGAUUCCGGCAGCGAGUUCCUCUUCGACUCGUGGGGGUGGUGGCUCCCGUGGACGGAGACGGCGGAUCUUUCGUGGACUCCGGCCGAUACUUUUCCUCCGACCAGCUUCGAAGCUCUUCAAUGGAACUAAAUAUCUAUCAUCAUCAACUCUUCUUCCUUCAAUUUUUCCAAUUUGGGCUCCUUUUUCAUUGCUUUUAAUUCUAUUUUCGUUUCUUCUAUGGAUAUAAAUUUUUGUUUUUUUCUUCUUUCUA